AGGACAGCACGCCCCCUUCGCUUCUCUCUGUCCCAACAAACAACACACACUCACCGUCUGAUCCGACUACACUAGCUGCACACAGAAAAUAAAAAUCCGGAAUCAUGCACACCAAAGAGAACAACACCUGCUGCUGUUCGUUUGACUUCUGCAAGGAGACGACAGAGUGGCUGAUGAGUCGUACGUGGGUGCGUCCCAAGAUUGCGGUGGUGUGCGGCACAGGCCUGGGGCUGCUGGCGGACGACGUGGCCGAUAGCCAGUGCUUCCCCUACGAAGACAUCCCACACUUCCCCAUCAGCACAGUGCCGGGUCAUGUGGGUCGUCUGGUGUUUGGGCACGUGAACGAUAAGGCCUGUGUCUUCAUGCAGGGUCGCUGUCAUCUCUUCGAGGGCUACUCCUUAUGCAAGGUCACGUUCCCGGUGCGUGUCUUUAAGUUGAUGGGAGUGGAGACCAUUGUGGUGACGAACGCCUCCGGAGGGCUGUGUGAGGACUUCAAAGUGGGAGACAUUAUGAUCAUUAAGGACCACAUUAACUUGCCCGGCUUUGCUGGACAGCACCCGCUGUGCGGCCCCAAUGAUGAACGUUUCGGGAUCCGGUUCCCGUGCAUGUCUGACGCCUACAGCAAGGUGCUGCGUAAGAUGGCGAGGGAGGUGGGCCACGAGCUCGACUACUCCAACUUCAUGCGCGAGGGCGUCUACUGCAUGGUGAGCGGGCCCAACUUCGAGACCAUCUCCGAGGCGCGCAUGCUGCACGUGCUGGGCAGCGACUCUGUCGGCAUGAGCACGGUCCCCGAGGUGACGGUUGCUAAGCACUGUGGUCUGCAGGUGUUGGGGCUGUCCCUCAUCACCAAUAAGGUGUCUCUGGACUACAGUCGUGAGGAGAGGGUUCAGCACGAGGAGAACCAGGCCAUGGCGGAGAUGCGCGCCGAGCUGCUGCGUAAACUGCUGCAGAACGUCAUCGCACGCUACGACGAGAUCGACUUCAACAUCAUGGAGACGCUCAAUAGUCACUAAAGAGUUACAGUAGCCUAAUUACCAGCUCAACAGCCACUAGAGUAGCCACUAGAUUAGUGUUUUUCAAGCUUUUGUGAACAAACGCCCCCAUGGCCUCCUCACAAGCUUCCCAACGCCCCAUUGACCCCAUCAUAAGCCUGACAACGCCCCCCUUAGUAUUAAAAAAACGCCCACUCUCACAUGUAUCCUUCUCAACACCCCCCUAGAGCUCCCCAACGACCCCUGGGGGGCUGCACCGCCCCUGUUGAGAAUCACUACAUUAGAUCAUAAUCAGUGUCGUUGCAGGCUACGACGAGAUCGACUUCAACAUCAUGGAGACACUCAAUAGUCACUAAGAGUUAAUAACAGUCACUAUGGUGGCCAUUACAGGAUAAUCAGCUCAACAGCUGUUAGACUAGAGUAGCCACAGAAAUCAGCUCGACUUCGACAUCAUGGUAACACUCAAAAAACAUUAGAUAACCAUCUCAACAGUCACUAAGUGCAUUAAAAUGUUCAGUUUUGUAUCAACAUCAAGUGUGAGUAAGACCACCACUGAGUGUUACAUUUGACUGCAGUGUUCAAUUAACAUUGCAGCAUGGAGACUGAGAUUCUGAAUACAAUACAGUCUGUCCCUCAGAAGCUGUUGGAUCAUAACCAGCCUGACACAUACACGCACAAAAACAUUUUCAGCAUUUCCAAGCCCACAGAGAAUACACACGUUGCUGGUACUUCACCUACAGUAAUCUCAAAUCGACGUGUUCACACCAAAUAUUAGAGCAAAGAUGUGCGGGUCACACAUCUAACAACAGUUACUGACAAUAAAGACCCUGUGAACAGCUAGAAGAAAACAACCAGCCCAACACUACACACACGUAUACCCCUGAACAGGUAUAUUAGGGGACCAAAGAAUCCAUCCCACGGAACUCUGUGAAAUGAAAACGGACCCUUUGGGACACAAAAUCUGUGGCAGUUACGCAGAUUUUGCUUUGUUGGGGUCUCUGAAGUGUUUUUCGUGAUAACGGACAAACCGGUUUUUUUUGCAAAAUCUGUGAAGCUGCCUCAGAUUUUAUGUCACAAUGGUCCAUGUUCAUUUCAUGGAAUUCUGAGAUCAUGUGGAAGCGCCCCACCCUCCUCAAAACAAUCCUCCAGAAAUUCAUUCAAAUCCUCAAGGACACAUUAACUUGUUUUGCUGACUUCCUUUUGCUUUGGAUCAUUUAGUGCCACCAAUGAGGUGUACUACGAACAAAGCUGGAUUGGUCAUAAAGUAUACAUGAUACAGGGCAUUUGCCUGAUGGACUGUUGAUGAUUUUGGCCUGGUCCUCCCCUCAAUGUAGUGGUAUCAGUUCUCAUGCCGCUACAGCUGACCUCUCAGAUUUAAGUUAAUAGCCAUUUUGCCUGUUGUGGUCAAAAUAGCUCGUAAAUAAUGACAAAAAAUAUUGUGACAGGCUUCAUUGUCUCUCUCAUUGCCUGUUGGACCAGUUCUUGGCCGAAAAUGCCCAGCCUGUUUUUUUGCCCCAGGCCAGCCCUGACUAUGAAUGAGAUAAAGACCCAGAUUUCCAGCUGUCCUUAGCAUUAAAAGCCGGUAUCACAGCCACCAAAAUGAGAGAUCUACAGGGUUUAAUUUCAGCCCUUCCCUCCAUCUUGUUCUGCUGAACUAAUAUCUACAGAUUUGCCCUCUAGUACAGUGGUUCUUAACCUGGGGUGCGGGCACCCCCUGUGGGGGGCACCAGAGAUUUCAGGGGGUGCGCGGAAUUUUGUUUGUGUUGAGGUUGUGACCAAAAUUUGGCUUGCUAACAUUGUAAUUAGGCCAAAUCAAAUCCAAAUUAAAACAUGUUUUGGUCCCCAUGUCAAGGCAUUAAGAAUAUUGAUUACUGUCUCAAACUAAAAUCAUUGUAAAUUAAUCAUUUAAAUCGUUUUUUAGUGCGUAUACUCGUGUAGAAGUUUUGGUUGGGGUGCGCGGCUUGUCUUGGGAACAGGUAAGGGGGUGCUUUAAGGAAAAAAGGUUAAGAACCACUGCUCUAGUAGAAGCACCUCAACAGAAAACUACAGGUCAGAGGGACCAUCAUGGAAAUGAGCCUUAGGGCUUUGUUUUUUUGCGCUAUCCCGAAUUAUUUGCUUUGUUUUUGAAUGUAUGGUUCAGUUCCUGUACCAUGUUUUUACAUAAAAAUAGUCCAAUUAAUUAAUUCAUAAAUUUAUUCAUUCAGUCACUGUAUAUUGUAAAGAACAUGUUCAGCCAAUUUGACUUGUUCUAAUAUUGUGUUCACGUACAGUGUCCAUCAGAAGAAAAUUGUGUAAAUAAACCAUUUUGGAAAAAUC